CUGCGGAGAGAGGCGCUCAUGUACGACGGGCCUCUGGCUGACCUCCAGGGCACAGUCGUCCCCAUAUUCGGCGGCUUCUUUACUGGGACGGUACAAGAAGGCUAUCACGUCGGGUGCCUUAUCUUGGAGUGGUGUCCGCAGAACGACCAUACGACACGUCUACGCAUGCACGCCGUUCACAAGCUGCACGCAGCCGGGGUGUAUCACGGCCAAUUGUACGAACGAUCCGACUCGCUCUGCAUGUCGGACGGGCGGCACUUCCUGCGAGCCGCGGAUGGAACAAUGCGGAUCGUCGACUUUCAACAUGCAUAUAGGCAU